AGUAAAAUAACUUCUGCUAUGACCACAUGAUGAGGCUGACACGAAGUUAACACUAUACUGUGCUUUGAUGGGUAGACAGAAAUAGUAGUCAGCCUAUGUGAUGCUCGCUGAACUCUAUUUUUUCUGACCAAUAUUCAGAAAGAGAUCAAGUCGACCUAAACAACAAGGAGAAAGAGAAUAACGUACGAAACAUUUUUGUGGCGGUCUCUUGUGUAUCAGCCGUCAUACCGCAUGUGAAUCACGUGAACAUCCACCGUCAUGGUUACGUUGCUUCCCACCCAAUCACCAACGGCGAUAAUGGCUGCUUCCGAAAUGGCGCUACGUAGGCGAACCUGGUUGUUGGUUGUUACACUGACCAAUCAGGCUGUCUCCACAUAUCAGCUGAGUUGAAACGGGGCGGGCGAGUUCAAGAUACUAAAAGUGGGGACACGAUGCUACGACUCUAAUUAUUCCGAAUAAUUUGAAGCUUCCUUGGUGAUCAAUUUUUGCCCCCAGUUUACAGAAGCGAAGGACUGCAUCACAAAUAAUGCGAUGGAUCACCCGUAUCGCCCAUGGCGUUGGUCAGCUGCAAAAAGACUUGGUUGCCGGGAUGCUUGCUAUCUUCGCCAUUAUUUAUCUCGAGCAGUGUUUGGGUUUCGAACACGCACUUGUGGGUGCGAUUGUGUUGACUGGGCAAAUAAUGAACGCGAUCAGUACACCACUUAUAGGAUAUUUGUCCGAUCGAGCUGUUAGCAGAGCUGAACCUCAAGCCAUGUUGGAUUCCUUCGCAAGGGAAUAUAAUCAAUCAAGAUUGAAGCGUUUCUGGUUUCAAUGUAAAUCUCGUCUCAGUCUAAGUACUCGGAAGGCUUGGCAUAUCUAUGGCAGUAUUCUGAUGACCAUUAGUCUUCCCUGUCUCUUUGGUCAACCUGAAUCCUUCGCAUACGCAAAUGUGUGGGUGAAAACUCUCUUCGUUACUGGGUUUUUAACUCUGGUACAAGUGGGAUGGGCUGCCGUUCAAAUAGCCCAUCUGACGUUGAUCAACUACCUGACGAGUGAUGAGGCAGAGCGUGUACUUUUGGUCUCCCUCCGAUAUUUGUUUGGGUCGGUGGCCGAUAUAUCAUCAUUCAUAAUGUCCUACUUUUUGCUACAACAAAACAACGCACAAAUCGGAGCAACAAAGGCGGCAAUCAACAUAGGUCCAACGACAAACAAAACGCUGACUGAAGAGAUAACAAACGAGUGGAACGUCACGGAAAUUUCAAGCGCAGCCACAAGUUUCACAGUGAAAGACAUGCCAUUCUUCCGAAAUAUCAGCCUCAUGCUCAGUUUUUAUGGCGCACUCUUUGCUAUCUUAUUCCAAUUUGGUGUUCCAGAGCCGGCCUCUCCAGUGGAUGAACCCGAGCCUGAGGAAAAGGGUGAGAAUCAAUCAAAUCCAACUCGUCCCAUACCAGAAUUCAUUAAAAGCCUUGACGAACUACACUCAUUAUGCAGCAGCCUGAAUGAGAUCGGAAGAAGCCGAAUACAAGUCACAGAGCUUGAUAUACCCUAUCGGGAAAACCAUGCAACCCAAGGAACUGUGGAAAAAGAGUGCCCUCUUGUUUGGUACUUGUGGUUCCGAGAGUUUCGGUUUUGGAUAUGCUGCUUGGCUUUCACUACCAUGAGAACUGGUGUGACGUUGUCAAUGUUUUAUUUGUCGCCGUUUCUCAUACACGCUCUUCAACUGGAAAAGUCAAGCGUUGUCACUCUUCCAGUUGUCAUCUUCGUCACUUCCCUCGUGGCAACAUUAGUACAACACCGGAUAACGAAACUGACCGGCCGCCUGGGCAACACGGUGGUGGGCAUUCUUUUCACUCUGGGCUUUUGUGGAAUGAUGUGGUUCUAUCCUAAAGGUUCCACCAACCAAGCCAUGUUGUACUCUGCUGCCGUCCUCCAAGGCAUCGGAGUGGCGUUCAACAAUGUGGUAGCGAUUGUUGUUGUGUCGGACAUGAUUGGGACAACUCAGGUGAAAACGGGAGCGUUUAUUCAUGGAUUCGCUUCACUCAUGGACAAAAUAUUCACUGGAAUAUCUGUUCAAAUUAUUCAACUCGCUGUUCCCGCACUCAGCUAUAGAGAUGUCUUAGUGUACAUAUAUGCCUGCUACGUCUUCUUUGGCGGUAGUCUGGCCAUAUUCGAUUACCUUUACUGGAGACCCCGAAAAAGUGCUACAAAUCGUUCUAAAUCCACCGAAAAUGGAAGCGCAAUCCGUGUCGCUCCAAACGUUAAUCAUCCUUUGAGCAAAGCCGACAUUUUGAAAAAACUACACUUCUCUAGUGAAAAGGAUUUGUGGAAUAAUACAAGUGAACCAAAAGUGUAAUCAGUAUCGUAGAAACCAAACUUUCCGAUGGGAAACAACCAGUUUGGGUCGAACGCGAGAGGAUUAUCGUUUCCCCUAGUAUGUUAAUCUUCGCCCGUAUAUUUUAUUCCACCCUUCUGGAACUUUGACAUGCAUCUACACAGAUGUGAGAACUAUCCCCAUUCUUUUCUUACCGUGCACAUUGAUCCCCUGAAAUCUUUGUAUUAUUUGUCGAAGAAUUCAUUCUGCAUUACAGAAAGUGCC